UGUUCAAUCAUGGCCGCGCCCAUGGAAAGUCAACUUGACAGACUUUCCGAAGAUAUUAUCGUCCAUAUUUUACGUUAUUUACCUUCAAUCGACUUAUGCAAUACCAGCAAGGUUGACAGAAAGUUUAACAGACUCUGCCAUGAUCGAUGUUUGGUCAGACAAACAGCCUUUCAAAGCUGUUACCGAUUGACUGAUGACCUCCUCAUCAACUAUCUGCGAACUGCAUCCCUUCAUAUAGAGACCCUCAACCUCAACUACUGCUACUGGAUCACAGGCCGUGUUCUGGAGUCCGGAGUAGGAUGCUGCAAGAAUGUCCGCAACCUUCAGCUGAUACAGUGCAACAUGACCGUGAAGAGACUCUGCCGCAUCAUGGAGGGUGUGAAGAAACUGAAGACUCUGGCUUUCACGCUUCAGGACAUCCGGGACUUUCACACGGAGCUCGGGACAAGUCCGGAUGCCCAAUUGACAGUUGCUGGUCUGAGAGUCAUCUGUUUGCACUUCCGACACCAGUUAGAGUUUUCUCACAAUAUCUCAAUGCAUUUCUUGUCACAACCGUCUUUCUUCGAGUAUUGUCGGGAUCUGGAAGAGCUUCAUGUUUUGGGCUCUCCGAGUAGUUCUCGAGGAAUGCCCAGAUACUUGCUCCAGCCUCAGAUUCACAAUAAGGACAAUUUGAAGAAUCUUCGCGUUUUGUGUCUUAAUGAUGCCAUCGAUCCUGCCGCAAGAAUGUUCUUCUUUGGAACUUUAUUUGAAGUGUGUAAGCUGAGUUUGUCGUUUGAAACCCUUCUUCAGCCAACGUCCAACCUGCAGCAGCUACAAGAUAAGUCUCACUUUGUCAAGUGUCUCCAGAAGAUAGACACUUUAAAAUACCUGGACCUUUCAAGGGCAGUGUUUGACCUGCCCAACACUGUCUUUCAACUUGACCGAGCCAAGAAUUUACAGUAUUUAAAUCUAGCAGACAACAGCAAGAUCCAGAGCCCUAGUCUGAAGGUGAUUGCUGAGAGUUGCCCACAUCUAGUCAGCAUCAACCUUCAGAACUGCCAUAAUAUACUACAAGUAAAGAGAGACAAUCAAAUGGAGGCGGAUGUUCGUGGUCUUCAGAUGCUUCUAGUCACAUGCUGCAGACUCCGUCACAUCAACCUGUCCGGCAUACACGUCCAUGAUAAAGACAAUCCACAGGCUUGUCUGUGGCAGAUGCUAUCUUUGAACACAGAGUGGAGAAGCAUGAGUCUAUCGCUCUGCUGUCUGACCCACACCCUGGACAACGAGCAGGAGGAGAAGCCCCUCAACAAACGCUUGCUUGACCAGUACUCUGUCAGUUUUGCCAAGAAGCGGAGAAUCGGUCUGCAGCCAGUCAUGCAGGAGCCCUCCACAUCAUCAGAGCCAUCACCUGCAGAGCCGCUAGCGCCAUCUAGUGGGCUGUCCCGUCUUGUCAGUCAGUGCCCGCACAUUGAAGAAAUGGAAGUGAUCGGCGCCGGGUUUCGGUCAGCUUUCAACAAAUACUUUGGAGUGUUGCCAGGAACCUUCAGCUACAGGGCCUGCAUGAUGGCUGCCAAGGUGAAGGACUGUGACCUGCUGUGUAUUGGGAAGUGGACCAAUCUGAAGUACCUGCAACUGACGGGGAUACCAGGUAUUCACCAGGGCCAGUGUUUGGUUGCCAUAGCGAAGGGUUGUGUACACCUGGAGAAGUUGUACAUAGCUCACCUGGGCAUGUCUGGGCACUGUCAGUACGUCCGCUCCCUCUGUGAGGCGUUCAACCACUUCCAGAAACUCAGGGACCUGAGACUAGAGCAGCCAUAUCUGAAGCUGGACAGCGUCUUCUUCUCCGCCUGCUCCAACUGCGCCACGUUCGAGAGACUUUGUAUUCUGUCCAAAAAUGCAACCUUCAUAGAUGCUGCUGCAGUAAACAAAUUUGUUGACAAGCUGGAGUCUCUGGUGUCGUUACAGCUGUUUACAUGUGCAACUCUCACCAGCUGCAAACACCUGCAGACCUCACUGACGCGCAGAUUUGAAAAAACCAGACCAGCUUUAUCAGUCUGCAUACACCCCUUGGUUCAUGAUGAACUCUCCGAGCUGACUACCCAUAUCCCUGUGAAGCAUCUGGAAGAGCUCACUGUGCUAGGAUCAGGGGUGUGUCUUAAACCUCCACGGUGGCCAUGGUAACAGCAGAUGGAUGAAAGCCUAAACAGCCAUGACCAAUGAGAUUUCAGACUGUGAUAUGCUCAUGUAUUCCACUGACUCUAUUUUUGCAAUGUCUAUCCUCUUGUGCUUCCUCUUGAGUGAAGAGCUGAAUUGUGUGGAUGCUAGUAUUACAAUCAAAAUGCUACAUGUGUGUUUAGGGAUUGCUAUGGAAGCCUUUAGGGGCCAUUUUAAUGAAUUAUUUUUGAAAUUUUAAGAUGCCAUGUUGAAAAUUCAAGUUACUAGGUUGAAAUUUCGAGAUGCUAUAUUGAAAAUUCAAGUUACUAAGAUGAAAUUUCCAGAUACUAUUUUGAAAAUUCAAGAUACUAAGUUGAAAUUUCUAAAUGCCCUUGUUGAAAACUCAAGAUAAUGACUUGAAAUUUCUAAAUGCUAUGUUAAAAAAUUCAAGAUGCUAAGCUGAAAUUCAUAAUGUGUUUGUUGAAAAUUCAAGAUACUAAGUUGAAAUUUCUAAAUGCCCUUGUUGAAAAUUCGAGAAAAUGAGUUGAAAUUUCUAAAUGCUAUGUUGAAAAUUCAAGAUGCUAAGUUGAAAUUUCAAGAUACUAAGUUGAAAUUUCAAGAUGCUGAUGUCCAUUUCAAGAUACUAAAAUUUCACGAUCAUUAUCCUAUGUGUGUGGCCCUAAAAGGCUUCCUUAGAUUGCUCAU